ACCAAACACAACCUAGGUGCUAGAAGCUUUAAAACCCUAUAAAUUCGCUCAUUUUCUACUGCAGCUGCAACUGAAGAGCGAAGAAGAAGGUCUCCAUGUCAAGUGGUGUCUAUUCCAAAUUUGGAGCUCUCUCCAGCAAAGCAUUGUAGAUCAGGCAUUGCAGAUUCAUGGCUUCUAGCUUGAACAACCAGCCAAGUUUGAAGAAGGAAGCGAAUGAGAAUGGAGAAGAUAGGAUCAACAGGUUACCAGACUGUGUUCUUGUCCACAUUCUCUCUUUCCUUCCAACAAAAUAUGCAGUUCGGACCAGCAUUCUAUCAUCAAGGUGGAAACACAUAUGGGCUUCUGUCCCCAUUUUGGAAUUCAAUGGUCCAAUACUGUCACCUUCGUAUAUUCCGUUCCUUAAAGCAAGUGUUUGUGUUGAUGCCUCCCAUCCACAUGCUCUUGGAGCCAUGCCACAUCUGAACCGAGCAUUUGUGCUUUUGGAAGCAAUUGCUAAUGUUAAGCAUCUACAUCUGAAGUCUAGCACAAUGGCAGUUCUCGGCAUUGCUAAUGACAAAAAUUGGCCUGUGUUUCCUAAUUUGACCCAUUUGGAAUUUGAUGAUGUUGGCUGCAAGAGUUUGCCCGACUUACUCAAUGGUGUGCCUAAUUUGUGCACUAUGGUAUUUACGAAGGUACCACUUGAUAGUUUUGAACCUUUGGAGCAAUUCUACUGGCUUGAACCACAAGGGGUGCCCAGUUGUUUGAGGUCUACCCUCAAAGAAAUUAAAGUCUCUGGCAUUGAUGGGUUGCAAGAUGAGCUCAAUCUGAUAAAGUAUUUCUUGGAAAAUGCAAGUGUCUUAGAAAAGAUGACAAUUGGAUAUGGAAUGUUAAGCAUAAAGGAAGAGGCUGAGUUUCUUAGGCACCUUGUCAGGUUACCAAGGUGUUCAAAAUCUUGUCAAAUUGAACUUGUUUGAGGUAUCAUUCAUUAAGUUUUCAGUUGGCACUUCUUCUGGAGGUAUGUGUACUAAUUAUGAAAAUAAGAAAAAUAUUAUUUAGACUACCAUUUGCACAUUUACACAUUGUGAAAGUGCAAAUUCAAUAUUGCAGUGAGUUUAUUAGCUUUCAAUUAGUGCAAAAAAUUGAUAGAAAAUUCAUUCAAAUAGAAUCAUCAUUCAACAUUGUAAGGGAAUGGUCAUUCCAAUGGGAUGCUAAGUAAUGAUUAUUCGAUUCCAUUCCAUUCCAUUCUACCUUCAUUUUAGUGAACCAAACUCUGUCUUAGAGUGUACAGAGUCAUCAAACGAGUGGUCUGAAUUUUCUUUUUUUAUUUUAGAUACUUACUAAAUGUUUCUUUUAUGAUCCAACCAUUGUUACUAAAUGGAGUUGUUAUGAUGGAUAAAUAUUCUAUUCUUGAGCUGCUAUUGAAACUAAUAACUUCAAUUGAUCAAAUGCUUUUGUACUUUGUGAUAUUAGUUAAAAAGUCCCUAUUAACAACUGAGAUUUGGAUUAAAGGAAUGGACUGUGUAGCUUGAACCCCGGCAUCCUUCUUCGUCAUGUUAUUUUUUCAAUUUUCUUUGUGCAAGAGGUUGUUACUCAACCACAACACCAUAAAUUCUCAGAUUCAUAGAGACACCAUUUGAAAUACUGAUCCCUACAAGGCAACAAAUGAAAUGGCUUCUGUUAGGUCUGCAUUCUAGGCUUUAUAACCUUGCAAGAGAAAAAAUCAAGAAUUUUGAAUAGAGAUUGUCCAUGAAAUAGCUGAAUUAGGUGUUUCAAGUCUUCAAGUUUGUAAAUCAGUCAGUUAUCUCAUCAGUUAUGUUCGAACUCCCAUAUUUCCGAUUCUAAUUGAAA